UGCUUAAAAAAGAAACUUGUUGUCUUAGCUUCUGAAUAGCGAAACCAAGUUCAGAACACACUAAGCCACCUGCUCUGCUUCAUCCCGCAGUUCUCGAGUCCAGCAGUUCCUCCACCCUGACCAAACCAAAGACUUCCUGAAGGUCCACUUCUGCUCGCGGCUUCCCCUGGGGGAUUUGCAUCAUCUGACCUUGGCCAGAACUUUCUAGAGUCAGGGGGACCUCCCUGUUUGAAUGCAAAGGUCCCACAGAAGUCAGCUAGCUGUUAGCUAGCGGUCUGGGCCAGGAGCACAUUGAGGCAAUCAUGGCAGAAUGGAGCUUGUAAUCGAGACCUCAUGACUGACAUGGGGAAAAGUAUAAGAAGACAUUUUUGGAGAAGCCCGUAUUUUAUCAGUUCAUGGUUUUUCACAGGUCAAUGCUUGGCAGUGAGGCCAAGCUUUUUUUUUUUUUUUUUUGGCUUCUUGUUUCCAUUUAUUUGUAUAUACAAAAGUCUGACAUAGUACAAUGAUCUCAUCAAGAGAAAACAGAACACACAGAGGGGCUGGGUUUCCUCCCUGGCUCCACCCCCUCAGAAAGGCACAAAUAAUGCACGUGAGGCUUGGGUCUGGGGGCCUUCUGUCCAGGAUUCAGUCUGCUACUCAGAAGGUGCCAGGCCCCUCUGUGCACAGCAGGGAGACCCUUUCCUCACACCCAAAUUUGGGGGUAUGGGUUAGGUAAACUGAGGCCCUUGGGAGCAUGUGAUCCAGGCCAAGCCUGAGUCUGUACCUUGUGUAAUCAGCCUCUUGAGGAAAACCUGUACCCUGAAGAGCAGCACUACCACCCACUACCACUGGAGGCAGUCCAGGCUCAGAUCUGAGAAACGGGGGGUGGGGGAAGGGUGGCAGAGGGAGCACCAAGCUGGAACAUCUCAGCUGCUCACCACUGUCCCCUCAAUAUGGGGCAGUUGUGCCCUCUGACUCUUCCCCUUGGCAAGAGGGGCUAGUCCUGCAGUCCAAGCAUGGGGUAGUGGGAAUAUAGGUGUUUCCAUUAGAAGCAGCUUCUGCCUCCCAUCCCUAGGGGCAAAAAGUAAAUAAUCAAACUGGCCUGAGUCACUAAUGGCUGUCUUUCUUCCCCAAACCAGAACUGAGUUUUCUCUGUCAUUUCAAGGAGGGAAGAAGGGUUUGUCAAGAAACCAUGAACGCCUAGAUUUAGCCACCACCUAGAACAGGACAAACGAAGUGAAAAGAGCUUGACAUACUGACUUUUUCUUUCUUAAAAAAGACCUAACAUGGUUGGAGACUGAUAGAUAAUGAUUCCAGAGACGGCUGCGCCAGUUCCAUUUUUUUGGAUAAGACACAGCGUAGGGCCCAGAAACCCUGUGUUGGCCCUGCGACUCCGUUAGGACGCAGGACAAUGAACCCUGCAAGUGACUGGGCCACAUCAGAGAGCAUUUUUGACUUGGACUAUGCUUCUUGGAAGAUCCGUGCCACACUGGCGGUCGCUGGCUUUGUCUUUUACCUGGGUGUCUUUGUGGUCUGCCACCAGCUGUCGUCCUCCCUGAAUGCCACUUACCGUUCUUUGGUGGCCAGAGAGAAGGUGUUCUGGGACCUGGCGGCCACGCGUGCAGUCUUCGGUGUUCAGAGUACAGCUGCAGGCCUGUGGGCUAUGCUGGGGGACCCCAUCCUUCAUGCCGACAAGGCGCAGGCCCAGCAGGGCUGGUGCUGGUUUCACAUCACAACCGCAACUGGGUUCUUUUUCUUUGAAAAUGUUGCAGUCCACCUGUCCAACUUGUUCUUCUGGACAUUUGACUUGUUUCUGGUUGUCCAUCAUCUCUUUGCCUUUCUUGGGUUUCUUGGCUCUGUCGUCAAUCUCAGAGCCGGCCACUACCUGGCUAUGACCACGCUGCUCUUGGAGAUGAGCACCCCCUUCACCUGCGUUUCCUGGAUGCUCCUGAAGGCCGGCUGGUCGGAUUCUCCGCUUUGGAAGCUCAAUCAGUGGCUAAUGAUACACAUGUUUCACUGCCGCAUGGUACUGAUCUACCACAUGUGGUGGGUGUGUUUCUGGCACUGGGACUGCCUGGUCAACAGCCUGUCUCUGCCUCACUUUGCCCUCUUCCUUGUGGGACUGGCUCUCCUAACACUCAUCAUUAAUCCAUAUUGGACCCAUAAAAAGACCCAGCAGCUUCUCAAUCCAGUGGAUUGGAACUUUGCACAGCCAGAAACCAAGAGCAGUUGGCCAGAAAGGUCCAACGGUCAAGUGCUGCAGAAGAAGAGGUCGUAGCCAUGUGGGCCAGACAGCUCCCUGGCACCAGGGGAGAAGGACACAUGGGCCUGCUAGGUUCCAUGAACAAUGGCUCUGGUAGUGGAUGAGCGAGUGAAUGUUUUGUGUUUAAUUCUAAGUGAAAAUACUAACUUUAUUUCUCAUUAGUAUUAAUUUUGCAGUAGCCACAAAAUGUUAAGACCUCCAUUCUCCUGAUUCACAUCUUUUUGACGUAAUGAUUUCCUGACUGCUCUGGUGCAUUCUGUGGCUCAGCCACGUGGGACCAAGGUCAGCAUCAGAGAAAGGCCGUGGUGGCAGGUGCUGCAGGCUGUCCAGGGGUGGCUUUGUUUGAAUACUUGAAGCAGCCACAUAGUGGGCUGGGUUGGCUCAGCAUGGACUUUCCAGUCACAUGCUCAUGUUCUAUGUGUCUUAUUCAGAGUCAUGUUCAUUUUAAUUGGAGAGAAUUGGCCUAUGAUAUAAAAUAAUAUGAUUUAUUGCCCUUGUCAAAAUUCCCCAUUUAUGAAAUUCAAAAACCAGGCGUACAGCAGUGCCAUCUAGUGGCAGAAAGUAUACAGGCACCAUCCUGAGUCCACUGCCCUGGCUGGGUGGAGGCACCUUGGAGUUUGCCCACCCUGUCAAGGUGUGGAGUGGUCCAGGUGAAAUCUUGCAGGUUAUGUGUUUAUCACUGAACCUAUUUUUAAAAUGAGAAUUUUUUUCAUUAAUACUGUAUUGGUUAAUUGAAAAAAUAAGGUAGGUGUUUAGUAAUCAGAUUUCUAGAUUUUAGUACCAUUUUUAAAUGACUUAAUUGCUCAUAGGUGCCCAAACUAGACUCUAAUUCCUUGGUUGGUGUUUCUUUGUUGAUUUCCAAACAAGGCAGUGAUAACCUUUUCCUUUGAGCUGUGGAAUGGACCCGGACCCCUCAGAGCUCAGCUGUAGGCCUGGGGUCCCUAGAACGGCCCCACAGCAGCCUGGUGACGGGUCUGAGGGUACAUUGUUUUACUGUUUUGUGCCCAAGUAAAAUUUAUAUACCAAUUUAGCGAUUUUAUUGACACACAAAAAUUUUUUUUGCCAUGAAUAUGCUAUUUAAAGUCAAAGUUUAUUUUUUAUCAAAAGCACCAUCAGAGUGUUUGUGGAAGGCACAAGUUGCUCUUGAAAAUCAUGUGUGAUUAGCUGGGCACCCAUAGCACAGAGGUUAUGGUGCCAGCCACAUACCCUGAGGCUGGUGAGUUUGAACCCUGCCCGGGCUAGCUAAAUACCGACAACUGCAACAAAAAAUAGCCAGGCGUUGUGGCGGGCACCUGUUGUCCUAGCUACUUGGGACGCUGCAGCAAGAGAAUCGCUUAAGCCCAAGAGUUUGAGGUUGCUGUGAGCUGUGAUGCCACAGCACUCUACCAAGGGCAACAUAGUGACACUGUCUCAAAAAAAAGGAAAGAAAAAGAAAAUCAUGUGUGACAUGCUUGUUAGGUAUCAUGGAACUCUUAGAAUGGUGUAUAUUGAUUACUGAUGCUUUGAUUUUAUUGAUUAUACUUAAGUAACAGUAUACAAUGAUCUAUUUAUAUCAUUUUAAGAAAUGAUUUAAAUCCUAGACAUACAUAGCAAUGGUGUCCCUACUAAGAUGAAUGACUGAAAACCCAUUCUCUGGGGUCUGGCUUUCUCUGUGCGCUGUGCCCUUUUGUAUGGUCCAGAAGUAACAGGGACUGUGACUGGGCAGGGGGUGAAUAAAGUAACCAGUACUCACAGAACCCAGGUGGUGGCAGUUCUUGUCUCUCAGACUCGGGUUACUGCUCAUAGCACUAUGAAUAUUUUAUAUCUUGGAGAUACAAAAUGUGCUGAUAAAUCUUCACAUGUUCAAAAUUCAGUUUAAAAUUGGAAGUGUUUAGCCUAAUUCUUAACUGAGGUUCGCUAGGACUUUGACCUUCCUGGGUUCACAUGUUGCAUCCUGCAUCUUAACACACCUUGGACAUAGAGAUGGGAAUGCCGCAUGGACUCCCCUGCUGGGUCUCCUGCUGCCCACACAUCAGGGCUCCCUUCUGACCCAGGGCUUCUCAGAGGAGCAGGGAGGCAGGUGUCAGGGUGGAAAAAUCUGUGAACCCCAAGACCUUGUGCCACUUCCAGAUGACACCUCACUCUGGGGUUCCUGCGGCCAUGUGAGUGGUUGUGUCUCACAAGCCAGCAUCCAGCGUGUGUACUUUCUGUGGCUCAUGCAUCACAUAUUAGGGGUUAGAGUAGGGGUGAACCUGGUGAGUUCACACAACGGUCAGGAAUUGCAGAAUCUCUUGGAAACUGAGAAGGUGGCAGCAUUAUUGGCCUUAACCUGCACCCAAUGACUGGUGUCCCAGGUAGCAAACAGUUCUGUCUUAGUCAGGAGUCGGGCUAUAGCAUGAUGCCCUUGGUGUGUCACUUGUCACUGCCCUUUCUCUUUCAGUGGAGACAGAGCUGUCUGGAAAGUAUCCAGCCAUUUUUAAUACUAGUUUUCAUAGUACAUAGCUACAUAACUUUCCAGACCACCCUUGUAUUUCUUUUCCAUGGUUUUUCUUUUUUUCAAAAUUGGAAAAUAAAAUGGGCUGAGGUGGUGGAGUGAUCCAGGAGCAGUGGGAUCGACUGUGUUUUCUCUACACUGGGAAGACUCUGGCCCUGCAGAUGAUCAAAGUAAAUGCUGUGGACUUCACUUUACAGUUUGCAGACUCGAGGCUCAGAGGAGGUGUGCCCUGUGGAAGUAACACAGCCAGGAGUGGCCACACCUGCAUCUGGAUGCUACCUCAGAUGUCAGAGCGGGGCUCUUAAAUGUGGCCUUCAGCACAGAAGGCAGUGUCUUGGUACAUUUGUGCUGCUGUAAAAAAGUGCCUAAGACAGGUGGCACCUGUGGCUCAAAGGAGUCAGGCACUGGCCCCAUAUACCAGAGGUGGUGGGUUCAAACCCAGCCCCGGCCAAAAAAUGCCUGAGACUAGGUACUUUAUAAAGAAUGAAAAUUUAUUUCUCACAAUCCUGGAGACAGAGGAGUCCGAGAUGAAACCACUGCGGCUCAGGUUGGUUAGGGCCGAUGGCACCUGUUGUGUGCUAGAGUGAGAGGAGUGUUAAGUCACCACAUGGCAAGGGCAGGGAAGUCGGUUCCUUCCAGGCCAGGUGAGGCACUGAUGCCCUUACAGGGGUAGAGGAGGUCACUUCCUCAUGCCAGUACCAUGGCAGUUAGGACUCCCCACGGAUUCCAGGGGGCACACUUAAACCGCAGACUGUCCUGGGGGGGGGGGAGCUCGUGUCUACUUUGUUCCGUGACUUAGUCCACAUCCCUGCUGUUUCUGUUGUGGGCCAACUGCUCAGCACAGUGAGUGGAUCCUUGGACAACUGGGACAGGUCUGGCCAACAGGGCCUGGGCAGGAGACAGCUGCAGACCCAGAGGGCUUCCCAGGGAGCAUGUGGGCAGCAUAUCCACCAUGGGGCAGUGGGCGGGGGGACAAGGCAGGCAGGGCUGGACUUGUAGUUCCAUCCUUGUGCAGGUGUGCCCAGCAAGGCCAGUAGCUACCAGAUGUUCUCAGCAGAGUUCAUGAAAACUGGCCCAGCAGAACGGAGACGUCCAGGCUCCUGUUGUCUUGCGAUAGGGCCUGCCCAGGGCAGCUGACUUUUCCUUCAAACUGGGAGGCAGACAUCUGAGCGCCUCUGACAAAUUGCUUGAUGAUAUACUAUUAAAUAAGAGUUUCCUCUGUUAACUGUGUCUUAAGUGUUGCACCAAGUAAAAGUCUCCGGGCGGUACCUGUGGCUCAAAGGAGUAGGGCGCCGGCCCUAUAUGCCAGAAGUGGUGGGUUCAAACCCAGCCCGGCAAAAAUAAAUAAAUAAAUAAAUAAACAAA